CUGGCGCGAGUCUCCCCCAGCGGCCCCGGCCCCGCGUGGGGUGAGGGCUUUGGCGGCGCGAGCAUUUCUUGCUGAGCCCGGCCCCGGCCCCGGCCGCGUCACUAGCGAAAGCUGCGGCACGUCCAUGGCGCCGCCCCCGGCUUCAGCAGAGCCGACAGAACCGCGCUCAGCCGGCUUCGGCCGCCGCCUCAGUCAGACCCGCGGACGCGGCAAGGGCGCGCGGCUGGGAGAAGCGCGGCCCGCAGAGGUGUCUGGGUUUACAGCUGUAACAUGGCUGUCACAAUAAAAGAAUGUCUUGAGCUUCAGCUGUUGGAAAUGGAAAUGCUCUUUUCAAUGUUUCCUAAUAAAGGAGAAAUAAGCCUUCAGGACAAAAAUGCUCUUACUUAUGUGCAGAUGUACUUGAAAAAUAUAAAAGAAGGACUACCACCUCGGAUUGAAUAUUCAAUUUCUGUUGAUAUUGAUGAGCCAAAGAGAAGGGCAUAUCGAAAGGAGGGUGAGUCUACUUUAAACCUUUUUGGGGGGAGGGGAGGAGGAGACCUAUGGGCUGAGUAUGGAAACAUACCAGCAGUCUCCCCUCCCCUGAGGAUGACUGCUGUAAAAGUAGACUUGCAUGUAUCCUUGCCUCACCGCUACCCUCAUUCAGCACCGCAACUAUUUGCAAGAUCAAAUGCACUAGACAGACAGAAUCAACUGCAGCUCAAUAAACAUCUCACUUCUCACAUCAGUUCUUUGGAUUUAGGUGAACUGUGUGUAUGUGCGGCAGUGCAGUGGGUACGAGACAACAGUGCAUCUUAUUUCCAAAACAGUAACAUCUCUUCUGAAACUGCUCCAAAAGAAAAGGCAGUAAAAAUAAUUUUUCAUCGAAUGUGGAUCUAUAGCCAUCAUAUAUAUAGACAGGAACUGAAAAAGAAAAUCUUUGAUUGCGCAAAGCAAUUAAAUUUGACUGGUUUCUGCCUAACAGGGAAACCUGGUAUCAUCUGUGUGGAAGGGCUCAAAGAAAACUGUGAGGAGUUCUGGCAUGUUAUUAGAUAUCCUAACUGGAAACACAUUUCCUGCAAACAUGUUGAGAGUAUGGAAACUGAAGGAAAUGGGGAUAAGCUUCAUCUCUUUCAUACUUUUGAAGAUUUACAGUUCCAGGCACAUGGUGAUUAUGGACUGAGGAAUGACUAUCACAUGGAUCUUGGCCAAUUCUUAGAAUUCCUUAAACAGCAUCAAAGUGAACAUAUUUUUCAAUUAUUAUUUGGUGUUGAAAGCAAACAUUCAGACAAUUAACAAAUCAAUUGUAUAACUAGUUUUAAUUUUGCACAAUGUUACAAAUGAUUUUUUUUAAGUUCAUCCAUGGAUAUACGAUUAAAAACUGAAUGAAAUUGG